AUGGCGAGGCGAGAGCGAGAUGUGGAUUUUUUCUUCAAGUACUUGGUAGACGAGCAUGGCCAUCUGAAGGGACUGUUCUGGGCUGAUAGUCAAUCGCGACUUGACUACGAGGCUUUCGGAGACGUCAUUGUUUUCGAUAGCACAUACAGAACCAACAAAUACAAUCUGCCAUUCGUGCCGUUUGUCGGGUUGAAUCACCACCGGAGCACUGUCAUUUUUGGCUGUGGUAUAAUUUCUUAUGAAACAAGCCAGGCAUACGAGUGGAUGUUGCGGACCUUUUCUGAUUGCAUGGCACAGAAGCAUCCGAUAUCUGUGAUCACAGAUGGGGACCUUGCAAUGCAGAGAGCAAUCAGGGUGGUCUGGCCAGACUCAAACCAUAGACUAUGUAUAUGGCACAUUCAGCAGAACAUUGUACGCCAUCUGCAUGAUGACGACGUAAAGGAGGAAUUCAGAUCUUUCAUUUAUGAUAUUUCUUCCAUUGAAGAGCAUGAGAUAGAAUGGAUAUACUUCUUACAACGGAAUAAAGUAACCAGUGAGGAGUCUUGGCUGCAUCAGAUGUAUCAAAUGAGAAAGUUGUGGUGUGCUCCAUAUCUUGAGGGGCGUUGUUUCCUAGGAUUGAGCAGCAAUCAGAGGAGUGAGAGCUUGAACUCUGUGCUACAUACGCAUCUUGAGGGUAAGAUGUCGUUGUUUGAAAUGCUAGAGCACUAUGAGCGUUGCCUUGCGUCGCGACGGAUUAAUGAAGCUCUCCAUGACGUCGAAGCCUUGCAGUCCGUUCCAUUUACAGAGGAAAAUGCUUCGCCGCUUGAGAAACACGCCGCAACAGUUUUCACACCUAGUGUCUUUAAGAUGGUCUUAUGGAGCAUAGAUGCUGUCAGCAAAUGUCAGAUCAGAGAGAUACUAGAUGGAUCAGAAGAUUCCACUUAUAUUGUGUCCAAGCAGGAAAGAAUGGAUAAAAAGUUUGGAGUGUGCAUUGAAGAGCAAGGAGGUCUUUUGCACAGG